UCCGAUCUUAAUGGAAAAGUCCGACGGUCCCUGAAUGCAGCAUUGGGUUUGGGUUACACCUCAAGCUCUUGCAAAGAUGCUACAAGAAAACACCUUAUUUUGUCAUCUAUGUGAAGAACAACACGCCUUUAAACACUCUGUAUAACAUAGUUGACUCAGCAUGGAUGAAGAGGCUAAGAUGCGAGCGUGCCAUCUACUGGACUUGCCCUGGGAGGAUGUGCUUGUUCCACAUGUUUUGUGCCAUUUGCCACUGCAACACCUGGUCAGCCUGCAGAGGGUGAGCAAGCAGUUCCACAGCCUCAUCCAGGUGUAUCUAGCCAACUGCAGGACUUUUGAUCUGUCCACGAUUGGACCAUCCGUUCCCAAGGAAGCGUUCUGCUCCAUGUUAAAGGACAACAAAGUUCUCCACAGCCUUUCUCUUCAGAGCUGUUCGGACUGGGUGACAGACAAGGAGCUGCUGCCAGUUAUCGGCCAGAACCAGCACCUGCAGAGAGUGGACAUGAGUGGGUGCGUUUGUCUCGCCCGCCACUCCCUGGUGGCGGUGUCCUUGAGUUGCAUGCACCUCCAGCACCUCGGCCUGGCGCACUGCGAGUGGGUGGACAGCCUGUCCCUGCGCAGCCUGGCUGACCACUGCGGGGGGCUGCAGUCGAUCGACCUCACCGCCUGCCGCCAGCUCAAGGACGACGCCAUCUGCUACCUGGCCAAGAAGUGUCUGAAGUUGAGGUCUCUAUCUUUGGCAGUCAACGCCAACGUCACCGACGAGUCGGUAGAGGAGGUGGCCAAGAACUGCAGGGGCCUAGAGCAGCUGGACCUGACAGGUUGCCUGCGGGUCAGGAACCAGUCCAUCAGGACUCUUGCGGAGUACUGCCCGAAGCUGCAGUCCCUGAAGGUGAAUCACUGUCACAACGUGACCGAGUCGAGCCUGGAUCCUCUACGGAAGCGCAACGUAGUGAUAGAUGUUGAGCCGCCUUUACAGAGGGCUCUGGUGCUCCUUCAGGAUGUGCUGGGGUUCGCUCCCUUUAUCAAUCUCCAGAUAUAGGUAAAGGGACAUCUCUCUGUCCAACGAGUGCACACAGGUGUCUUCAUCACUCAGCUGCAUCACACGUGCAUUGGAGUUGCUCUAAGAAACGCCAAGACAAUCCAAGAAGACCUGGAUGUUUUACACUCAUUUAAAAAAUAAUGUGGACAAAAAAACCUCACAGGAAUGUGAUCAAAGAUCCAUAUUCAAGAUCGAACUGAAACUAAGUCUUAAAUAACUGAAGAAAGCCAUGUACUUUUAAGUAUUGCUGCCUCAUGUCACUGCACUAUUUGUUAAUCAUUCAGUUUUGUAAUAAUGUGGCUUUAUAGAAAAAGCAAUUAUGUACAGUGUGUUAUUUUGUUCAUUUUCAAACAAACUACAUGCUUUACUUUGGACAUUUUUAAGAAACAUUUAUCUUAUGUUUCAUUUGGAAACAUUUUAAAAAUGUUUGAGUUUAAUUAAACAUUUAAUUUUGCAUGUAUGUGCCUGUUUAAAGGAUCAAUUCACCCAAAUCACGCAGAAACAUUUUCUCACUUUUUUGUAUUAUCUCCACUACUGAGACUUCGGCUGCCGCCACAAUACAAUGAAGGUGAAUGCAAUUUUGUUAGUGGUGCUGACCAUGUGUCUUCCAGAAACAAUAAUCUACAGACCUCACUGUCAACAGGUUUUAACUGCUUCAAAAUGAAAACUGUUGACCAGCUUUGUUGCUUAUAGUUAAACUAUCUGCAUGGAGAGACGCCACCAGAGAUUAGUGGGAAAAUAUUUAUAACAUUUUCUUGUGACUUGGGUGAAAUAACCCUUUAAUUCAUCUUGUUAAUAAAUGCAUACUUGUAUAGCCUAGUAUUUGUUUGAAAUAAGUAUAGGAAUUUAUUAUGACUGUUUCCCAUUGAACCCUUGAAGUGAGUUUUGUAAAAAAAAGUACCUGUGUUGAAAUGGUGUUGCCCAGUAAUACGGUAUAUGAAAUAUAUCCGUAUGAAAUAUUAAAUGAAAAAUACCAUCAAAAA